GCUGCAUCAAGCUGCAGAGAUUGAGGUGGCCAAAGACCGGCUGUGCUCCGCACCUGCGCUCAUUCGCGUCGCGCAGACAAGCAUUUCUGAUUAGUUGGUGCCCUGCCUUCACGCGAGGCAACGACUUUUGCUACGCGCACCACAGCGAGCAAGAUCACGCACAGCUGUGGUGAGAGCAGCACCAGACCGCGACGCGCAACAGCAGCCAUGGCGGCGCCGAGCACCAUGCAGCUCCUGGCCCUCCUCGCCACGGCCUGCGCUUUGCAACCGACCCUCAGGACGACGCCGCAGCGCGCCGGCCGGCGCACCGAGGUCUCGAUGCUCGGAGGCUUCCAGAUGCCGACCCUCGACUCCUUGUUUAAGAAGGACGCCAAGACCAUCACGUCGCGCGAGCCGGGCUGGCUCAAGGAGGCGCGCGAGGUGAGCGGCUACGCUGAUAGGGUCGCGGAGAUCGAAGCUUUAGCUGAUACGAUGGCUGCUAAAUCAGACGAGGAGCUGCGUAGUCUAACGACGACGUUGAGGCAACGCCGCCAAGCAGGCGAGUCGCUCGAUGAUUUGCUGCCGGAGGCCUUUGCCGCGUGCCGAGAGGCCUCUACACGAAGCUUAGGACUGCGGCAUUAUGACGUGCAACUCGUGGGCGGCAUGGCCCUCCACGAAGGUAAAUUGGCGGAGAUGGCCACGGGCGAAGGGAAAACACUGGUGGCGACGUGUCCCCUGUACCUCCGAUCCCUCGACGAAAAAGGCGCCCACGUGAUCACGGUAAAUGACUAUCUAGCAAGGAGAGACGCGGAGACCUUGCAGCCUCUAUUUGACGCUCUUGGGUUGACGGUCGGCGUCGUCCAGUCUGAAAGUACAUCAGACCAGCGAAGGGCGGCUUAUGCGUGUGACGUAACUUACGUUACGAACAACGAGCUGGGCUUCGAUUACCUGCGGGACCACCUCGCCUACGAGACGGAAGAACUCACGUUGACGACGAGGCCUUUGAAUUUCGCCAUUGUUGAUGAGGCCGACUCAAUUUUAGUAGAUGAGGCGCGGACGCCUUUGAUCAUCUCGGGCGAGGGCGACGACGACGCCCCUCAAAAGUACGACGCCGCGACGCUAGCUGCCUCGUACCUCGAGAAAGGCAGAGACUACGAGGUCGAUUACAAGGGUCGACGGGUCACGUUAACAGACAACGGCUUCGCGACGGCCGCCGACUUGUUAGGUGUCGCGGACGAUCCAUUAGGAUUGUUCGGCACGGACACGAAGUGGGCCGCGUAUCUGUUUCCCGCGCUGAAUGCGAAGGAGCUGUAUUUCCGGGAACGCGACUACUUAGUGGACCAGGGCGAAGUGAAGAUUGUGGACGAGUUCACGGGGAGGGUCAUGGAAGGUCGAAGGUGGAACGGGGGCUUGCACCAAGCGGUGGAGGCCAAAGAACGAGUCGACGUGAAACCCGAGCAGGUGACCGUCGCGUCCAUCACCUACCAGUCACUAUUCUUAUUGUAUCCUACGCUGUCGGGCAUGACGGGUACCGCCUUCAGUGAAGCGAAGGAGUUAUCGGAUACGUAUAAACUAGAUGUGUUACGAGUACCCACCGCAAAGCCUCUACUGCGAGCGGAUGCAGGAGACUUAGUAUUCAAGUCGAAACUGGAUAAGUUCCGAUACGUUCUGAGAGAUAUCCGCGAGAAGAACUCGAGAGGACAGCCCGUGCUAUGUGGUACUACCUCUAUAGAAGACGCGACACUGAUCUCGGAGCUGCUCUCGAACGACGGCGUGCCCCAUCGCGUCCUAAACGCCAAUCCUAAAUUAGCGAGGAAGGAGUCGGAGAUCGUCAGUCAAGCGGGGCGCUUGGGUGCUGUCACGAUCGCGACGAAUAUGGCCGGGCGAGGCACGGAUAUCCUGUUAGGCGGCAAUGCGGCCUUGACGGCUCGCUUGCGGUUGCGCGAAGCUCUAGCGCCGGCCGUCGACGAGAUGCUGGAACCGUUGGUAAGGGUGGAGCGCUCCUUAUAUCCUGUCGAUGAUUUGGGUGCCAUCGAGCAGCAGCUGCAAGCCGCUGCCCAGGAGGCAGCUCCAGGAUUGAGACAAGCGAUCUUCGCUGACCAAGACAACGCCACGGAGGUGAAAGCGUCGGCGGCUCUCGACAAGAUCGACGAGUUUUGCGCUGUGGCCGUGGCGCCGCCGUCGGAGCGCACGGAGGGCCAGCCCGGCGUCGAUGCGUGUCGCCAAGCCUACAACGCCGUCAAAAGUAAAUUCAGCGAGGUCGUCGACGUGGAACGGCAGCAAGUACGGGAGCAGGGCGGUCUCGCCGUGCUCGGGACCGAGAGACACGAAAGUGUCCGAAUCGACAACCAGCUUAGGGGGAGAUCCGGUAGGCAAGGCGACGCCGGCGCUUCCGUGUAUGCCAUCUCGCUGGAGGACAAGAUGUUCAACGUCUUCGGCUCGGACAAGAUGGGGCAAUUGUCUUUUGCCUUCGAAAUUGCGGGCGACGACGGCGAACCCUUGCAAUCAGAUAUGUUGACCAAAUCAUUAUCGACGAUCCAGGAGAAGGUCGAGUCGUACUACCGGGAGAUGCGCACGAAUUUAGUCAGGUACGAUAGGAUUGUGGACGCGCAAAGGCGGAUUUUUUAUGAACGGCGGCAGGAGGUACUUACGGGAGAUAGACAGUUCCUAUCCAAAUUGUUAGGACAGUACGCCGCGGACACGGCAAGAGACACUUUGGCCAAUGCCACUAGAUUACUACCUAAAGAUGCCUCAGAUGACGAAAAAAAUCAAGCCUACGAGUUCGGCGCCGAGAUGCUGCAGCGCAUGUAUCCCGCGUGCGCGGUAGAAAUAGACACGGCGUGUCGCUUAGCUCUGGAGGAUUUACCUCCCACACAAGCGCCAGAUAUCUUCACCGUCGAGGACUCAUUAGUUUCUGGAACACAAAAAGGCUUCGACUUACAAGUAGCAUUAGUAGAUCAGAAGGGCGAGGGCGAAGAUGAUCUACCCGCCAUACUCAUGCGGUUCUACAUUUUGAGGGAAUUCGACCAGGCCUGGCAGCAGCAUUUGCGGGAUUUGGAGUUCCUCCGGGAAAACGUCGGCUUCCAGUCGUACUCGCAGAAGGACCCCUUCCAGGAGUGGACGAUCCAGUCGAACGAACUGUUCACGAAAUUAUCAGCGAAGGUCUACCGGAACUCGGCCAUCUCGUGGCUGUCGCUGGACGCGUCGGGCAUCGUCGCGCGGCCGGCGGCGCCCGUCGCGCCGGCGUCGCCUGUGGUUUCUGAUGAUGAUGAUGUCUCCAACCCAGUAGCCGCGGCGCAAGCUAGAGGGGCGGCGUCGCUGAACGCCAAUGAUCAAACUGGAGAGGUCGCGGGCAACAGGGGCGAGCGGCGCGCGAAGAAGAAGGGCGGCAAGAAGUCGCGCCGCCGCUGAGGGGCGUAAGGAGUCGGUC